AUGUCGGACACGCAGAAUAUAAAGAAGAUUCAGGUGCAGAACGAUGCUGCUAAGGAUAAGGUGGUGAUCAGUUUGAUUGAACAAGAGGCUGCAACGGAGGACUCGGGGUUGCAAGGUGAAGAGCAGAGAGCGGUGAAGGUUGUUGAUAAAGAUGGAGCAGUUGCUGUCGGGGGUGUUGCAACAGUUGGGAGCAAGUACACUCUUGCCGCAGAGUCUGCUCUGCAGGAGACGUCUGGUGUGGGGAAGAAGCAAAGGAAGAGGCGGAGAAAGAACGAGUGCCAUUACAAGGACUGUUCCAGCAGCUAUAUUAAGUACAUAGGAGAGUGUCAGUACUGCGAGGGCAGGUUCUGCUCACAACAUAGACUGUUGGAAACCCAUUUGUGCACAAAACUCGAUUAUUGUAAGAAAGAGUAUCAUAGAAGAAAUGCUGUUAGACUGGCAAAGGAACAAACAAAAAUACCUAAACUAUCAAGUAUAUAA